AUGAGUGCCGAGGGGUCAAGCAGCGGGUCUACGACGAGGAACAUCGUCCUCGGCGUGGCCGUCGGCGCGGCGGCGUACUAUGCGUAUCGAAGCUACUGCAUGAAACCGAUCCCAUCCUCGGCCGAGCCCGGCGAGCCCGAGGCCACGAAGGAACGAUCUCUCUCGGAAGAGGGCACCGCGCAGUUCGGCGACGAGAUCGACGGCCUUCGAUCGGUGGCGCAGGAGGUAUUCGAGCAGGCGCAGAGGAAGGUGGUGCUUGUUCCCAAUGACAAGGAGAAUGGGGAAACAACCCGCGCGAAAGAGAUCGAGGCCGUGUCCCUCGCCGAGGAGCUCGAGUCCGUGCUACGGGAGCAGCAGAUGAACGGCGGCGACGACGCGAAGAACGACCAAACCUUCGGGCAGAGCCCCGAGGAGAUGUUCGAGAUGCAGCGCAAGGCGACGAUCGAGAUGGCGCGGCUGCAAGCGGGGGGCAACGUGGGGCAGGACGGCAAGGGUGGGAUGAAGAAUCUCACGGCGGACGAGUGCGGGGGCACGACGCAGCGGUACACGUGGAAGCAGACCGAGGAGGAGAUCGUCGUGGAAUUUCCAAUCGACCGAGCCGUCCGCGCCAAGCAAAUCGCGGUGUCGUUCAAGGCGAAGCACCUCAGCGUCAAGGUCAAACCCGGGGCACCGGGCGAGGAAGAGCGGGUCAUCCUGGAGGGUGCCACCCUGCGUGACAUCAAACCCGACGAUUGCGUGUGGGAGAUCGACGACGAGGACGGAUCGAAGAAGGUUGUGGUCACCGUCGUCAAGCGACACGCGACGCUCGCCAUGCACCACUGGGAGUGCGUCGUCGAGGGCGACGAGAAGAUCGACACGUCGAGGUUCGGACCCGCGGUCGUGGGAAUCAACGGUAACGAUCCCCAGGCGCUGAAGAGGAUGCUGGAGGAGCACGGGCACAUGAACCCGAAGCCCGUGCCUCUGGAGGGUUAA